AUGGAUCUUGAGUCGUGGGGCUUGCCUUCUUUAGGCGACCCCUUGCUGGCAUUGGAUGACGGGCCAUUGCGGCCAGAGCCGCCUGCAAACGCAUCGACUCAGCAGCCAGGCAUGUUGCAGCUGCUCACGCAAUUUCAGAUUCCUGUGGAAUUGCAUCCAUCUUUUUUGGAGUUCUCGCCUACUGAUUUCGGGCUGAUUGCGAUUUCUCUUGAGUCCUUAGAGGGAUUUCUUGAUGAGUUGGUGUAUCCAGCAGAGCCUUCUGAAUUGCUGAGCAAAUCGCGCAUUCGCCGCCUGUGGCGUCAGUGCCAUGCUUUGACCGAUCCUAAGGUAUCGCAGGUGAGUGUUGCACCAGCGCCAUCGCAAGUUCCGUUGCAUUCGGAUUCCGGUUGGGUUGAAUCUUUUCCCAAGAAGCUUACAGCUGAAGCCGUUAAGUCGAUGGUGGCAAAGUUCAAGUCGCGUUACCCCUCGGAGACAUUGUCUCCGGACAGCAUGCCGAGCUCAAGGCUUUUGGCACUGACGGCCAAGCAGCUGCAGGACCGUCGUUGGAAAUACAUCCCAUGGAAGUGGCGUCUUAGUGAAGAAGCGCAGGAAAGCGCGGGGAUGGCCAGACCGUCCAAGCUUCCCAGGUUGGAGUCGGCACUUUUCGACCAGGUGCCCGAGCGUGAGUUGACAAUCAGCACCAUGGGCAAAUCCUUGGUCCAGGAAUUGCUCAUGCUUCAGGCUACAGCUUUGGCCCUGUAUGGGGGUGCGCAUCUCCACACACUCAAGGAGAUGGUUCGCAUUUUCAUGGCCCGUUUGUAUGAACGCUACCCUGCGGACUCCAUGCUCCGCUCACCUUCUGUUGCCGAGGCGCAGACAGCAGAUCAGAAGCUCUGGCAAAGCAUCAGUUCUCUUUACAACGAGCAGCAGUGGACGCUCGACCAAGCGGUUCACGAAGUGGUCGUCAUCCGCAACGAGAUACACUAUCUUCUUAUGCCUCGCCCCGCUCGGCAGGCCUCGCAUCCCACAGGCAACGGACGUGGCUCAGGCCGCGGUGGAAAAGGUGAAACCAAGGGCAAUGGCAAAGGCAGGAAAGGCGAGAAGGGCGACAAGGGUCGCAGUGAUCGCCAGCAGCAUGCAAACGGCUUUCAGGUCGCUGGUUUGAAAGUCGGCUUGUUUUACAUGGCAGGCCAAUCCAGGCGCAACCUUUGCAGGAUUUCCAGCUGGGGAGGUGCACUCGGGGCAAGGACUGCCGCUUUGAGCACCGGUGAAGGGCAGCUUGCAGUUGUUGAGACCAGCUGUGCUGCUGGGGUCGGGCAAUCUGUGCCUGGCAGCGCUAUCUUGUCUCCGGUUUUGCCUGCAGGCGGGCCCUCAGUUGAUGUUGCGCAACACGAGAUAUCUCCUCAAGGAGCAGCGGAUUUGGCAACUUCGCAGGCAUUGGUUCCGCAGUUGUUUUCCAGUGCGCGGACCAAUACCAGUGUGCAGCCCACAGAUUUGGAGUCGGUGGUCUCAUCAUGCUUGCAGUUGCUUCAAAGUGCGCAGUGGCCUGAGUCGCCGCACGCGCGGCCGGCCGUCACUGAUCACCUUCACACGAAUUCCGGGUAUUGGAAUUUCGGGGUUAGGAUUAGUGAUAAAUCUUCUUUGACAAACGUUACGCAGCAGCUGCGCUCUGUCGUGAUUGAGCUCAAUGCUCUUCUGCGCCAGUUAUGGCCCACGGAUACGUGGAAUACAAUUUGCAUUAGCCACAAUUGCUUUUCAGCACCCCACCGUGAUUUAGCUAAUAUCCCAGGAUCCAAAAAUUUGGUUCUUAGUUUGGGUUCAUUUUCCGAUGGCCAGCUGUGGCUGGAGGACGUGGAGGGCAACACGCCCCGUUUUGUGCCGGAUCUGUCUAGAUCCGUUCCAGGCCGUUUGGUGGAUGUGCACAACAAACCAUUUUCGUUUGACCCUGGCCUCUGGCACGGCUCAUCUGAUUGGGUUGGCGAUAGAUGGGUCAUCAUAGCUUACUCAAUCCCCGAAGUCUCCUGCGAAGUUCUGCGUGACCUGGGCUUUCCAAUGGUGCCACCGGUGCCAGUGCCAAGCUGUACCACGCCGCAACAGCAAGUUGCGCACGAUGCCCCCGCGACACUUGCUUCGUCAGUGCCGCCGUCAGUGCCUCUGCGAAAUCAGCCACGCUUCUUCCUUGACCUUUUUGCAGGUGCUGGUGCCCCUCUGUCCAUGAUGGCAUCGCGCCACGGGUUGCCUUGCAUUGCAGUCGACAUCCUCAGAAGGUCGGCUGAUGACUUGUUGGAUGAUAAGGUCUUCGACGCAUUGUUGAAACUCGCUUACUCGGGCGUCAUUGCAUUUGCACAUGCCUCGCCACCCUGUGGCGAUUACAGCAUCGUCAAGCGUUUUGACGGGGGCCCUCCUCCGUGCAGGUCAUGGGAUUUCUUGCAGGGUUUGCCAUCCAAUGACGAAGCAGCCCAUGCUCGGGUUAAGUUCAGCCACCUCCUCUUGAGUCGGGCAAUCAUGAUUCUGCAUGCGGUCUUCCAGAGUGGCAAUCAUGUGAGCCUGGAGCAGCCGCGCAACUCCAUGGCUUGGGCUGAGCCGAUUCCGAUAACUCAGGCUUGGAUGUUGGACAUAGCCGCUGAUAUCAUCCAGGUGGCUGCUUGUAAUUUCGGGUCAGAAUUUGAGAAGUACUGGGUCUUCGCUACCAGUUGGCAUCCCUUGCAGGAACUACAGGGGUCUUGUCCACACCCCCGGGGCACACACCGUCCCUUUCAUGGAGUUCGGGAUUCUUCGGGCGAGUACACAACACGCAAGACCGCCGCUUUUCCGGAGAAACUUUGCCAGACAUUCAUCAGUGCCAUCGCACCUUUGUUUCCCGCGGCAUCUACAUCAGCACCCGCUCCUCUUGUGUCGAUUGACCAGGCAACUCAACAACUGCCGAUUCGCCCUGUGGAUGAUUUGCCCACGGGCCAGCAGGAUGGAGGUGGGAUCUACAGUCAGCCGGACUGGACUUCACCACCAGCUGGCUACAAGGAUGUAUUCCGCCAGCUGCGGAGAGACAUGUGGGAUUUCUUUAAGCAGCAAGGCAUGUUUGACCGACUGCGCAAACAUGUCAGCACAUCUGCCAAUGAGCCGAUUUUCACACCCCAUGAAGUCGCAACGCUGCGAUCCAUUUGGGAGUCAUGGUUUAGGGCACAGGGGUUUACCGAAACGGUUUCAUGGGCCAUUGCACAGGACCAACCUUACGCUCUUGAAGCCCUUGCCUUGCUUAGCAAGGCUCUUGGUGACCGCGACACGGCGUUAUGGCACGACUUGCAGUGUGGAGUACCCACGGGCAUCGCGGGUGAUAUUUCCUUGAGUAAUUGUUUCUUGCCGAUGCCGGCCGACUUCGACCCGGAUUCUCAUGAUGUGCAGGUGUGCUCUGGGAAUUGGCCCGGCGCCAACGAGGAACCCGAGCUUCUGGACCAGCUGGUCACUAAGGAGGUAGAAAAAGGCUACGUGACAGUGUUUGAUUCUCUUGAAUCUGCCAAGGCUAAGUGGGAUCGCGUCGCGGUAGGAAAAGUUAAUGUAGUGAAAAGUUUCUCUAGGGAUCCUAGAUUGAUUGUCGACCCCACGGUAAGUGGGGUGAAUCCGAGUUGCCAUCUGCCUGAAAGAUUUCUCCUCCCAGGUUUGGGAGACAUCCGUGCAGUGUACCCCCUGAGGGGGGUCAGCGGCUGCACCGCAUGCUCCUUGGACAUCCAGGCAGCUCACAAGACUGUGAGGAUUCGCGAAAGCGAACAAGGUUUAUUAGGCUUUUGUGUAAAAGGGAAGUAUUACUUUUACAAAGUCGCCCCGUUUGGGGGGUCUUUCUCGGCACUUUGGUGGCAAAGAGUCGCUGGUUUUUACAUAAGAACAGGCCACCGCUUGAUCUUCAUCAGUCACAUACUUUUAAUGUAUGUGGAUGACGCUUUGCUGCUUCAGCACUCAGCCGCGAUUGAGCUCUCUGCACUUUUGAUGCUUGCCAUGUCACAAUCUUUCGGGUAUCCGAUAAGCUGGCGCAAACUUCAGUUGGGCGCUAGGAUUGAAUACGUUGGAUGGCGUUUGAAUUUCCGUGCUGGGAAUUUUUCUUUGCCGGAUGCCAAAGUGGCCAAGCUGUUACAAGCCUUGACUAAGGUUCUCCAGCAUGACCCUUGCAGCAAGCGCGACCUGCAAGCUCUUAUUGGGCUUUUGCAUUGGGUAAUGCAAAUGUCGCCGGAAUUGUUGCCUUGGCUGUGCUGCUUGUAUCACGAUUUAGUUCGACCGUUGGGCACGAACUUCUCCUUGAACACGUCAGCAUGGCAGCAGCUGCCUAAUCUUCUUGAUGAGGACAUGCGUUUCAACCGUUCUCCACCAGGCACGCACAUUGCGCCAGGGUGCAAGCUGUUGAGCGCACGCCAUGUGGAAACCGCAUGUAAGGCCGACCUUCAGAAAGUCCGUGUAACGGGCAGGCGCAUUUGGGUUCGCGUUUCGGAUCCGUCAUCCUCUAAACGUCGCAUCAGCCCAGUGAGCCGCCAGUUCAUCUUGUUUUGGGUGCACUUUUGCAUGCGACCCCAAGUGCCCAGGUGCCUCUCGCUGCCGCCUUUGGAUUUCCAGUACUCUUUGGCAGCUGAUGCUUGCGCUAAAGGUUGUGACAUUGGCAUCGGCGGAUGGGUGUCCUUGCCGAAUCAGCCAAUUGUUUGGUUUGCCGAAUGGUUCACGGUGUCCCAAUUCUUGGAUAUGGGUUUGCCGAUGAAAGAAGAUGCGAACUUGGACAUCACGGCGUAUGAGACGCUUGCGCAGCUUGCGCUUCUUGUCGCCUUUACUUCCAUCACUCCUGCGGGUCGACUGCGGGUUUGCAUCGGCACAGAAUCCUUGACAAACAAGCUGUUCACGGUCCAUUCGCCAUUGUGUUUCUUCACGCAGAAGCUCGCGACUUGGAGCUGGCAGUCUGGCAUCGCACUUGACUGCUCCCACAUUGCAGGUUGCCACAACGACAAAGCCGAUUUCUUGAGCAGAUGGCAAGGCGACGCGGCGGAUUUGCCUUCGGACUUUCAUGUGGAACAUCGCAUCCGCUGCCCCCUUUCAGUCUUGUGGGAGGGCGAGAAAGAUGUGCGUGUUUUCCCGCCGGAUGCUUCCUUCAUGUGGCAGCCGCCGCUGCCCUGCUUGAAGUGA